AUGUCUACCAGAAGCAUUUUUAAAACUGUGGAAGAAAUGAAUACAUAUAAUAAUCAAUCAACCACUAAACAUAUUCAUUCAUCUACUUUAACAAAGCUUUCUGAGAAAACUACAUUAGUGCCAUCUACUUCAUCCGUCCAGUCCAAUCAAAUAUUCCUAAUUAAUAAUGUUGAAGGUCAAUCAAUGUCCGGUAUAUUAUUACCUUCUAAUCAUUUCAUGGUGAAAUUGAAUCAAAAUCAGUCACAAAUUGAAUCAGAUACAGAUGAUUAUAUUGAGCGUGAAACAACUUCAAAAUAUUUUUCAAUGAAUAAGAUUGAAAAGAAAAUGUUUCGAGAAACAUUUUUUUGUACGCUUCUCGAUUUUAUGCAUCAAAUUGUAAAGGAUGGUCGUAUUGUAAGUUCUUCUGACCCUAUUUGGGAUCGUGUUGCUUUAAAACUGGAUAAUAUACUUAAGCCAAAAAGUAUCUACAACCGUUUUGUUCUAAAUAAACAUUCUUGUAGAACUAGAUUAAUUGAAGCAUAUCUGAAAGAUCCUAAAAGUCAAACAACAGAUAAAUCUGUAUUAAACCAUAUGAUGAAAACAGAUAUGCAUCAUGAAGUUGUUGAAAAAAGACCAGGUCAUGUUGACAAUGACACAUUCUAUGAUGCUUUGUUUGUGUUUAGGGAUAAAGUUUUGAAAAAUGGAGAAGUAGCGCCAAGUGUCGACUCUGUUUGGAACCAUAUCUCAGCAUACUUGAACUAUGCUUUAAAGCCCAAUAGUAUUUAUUUGAGAUUCAAACGCAAUACUCAUAAUUGCCAUAAAAAGUUGCUAACACAUUGCAAACUGGAUCCCUCUAAAGCUAAGACAUAUGAUGUACCUAAUCGAAAAUUUAUUACACCAAUAAACAAAAUAAAAAAGAAAAGUUUAAAAUUUGAAGACUCUUCAAAAUUUUUUAAAGCUUUAUAUACUCAUAGACAUAAUAUUAUACAAAAUGGUUCUAUAGCAAAAUAUAAUAAUUCUGUUUGGACUGAAGUUGCGAAAAUGUUAGAUCAUGUUUUACAACCAUCAGAUGUUCACUCUAAAUUUAUUCGUAAUCAUGAUUUAUGCCAGACCAAACUCAUUGAAGCAUGUAAAGAAGAUGAAAAUUUUACUCCAUUAGUUGUACCCAAGGUUAAUAAGCCAAAUUGUGUGUCUGACGAAACGUUUUUCAAUGUUUUAUGUAAAUAUCGCGAAGAUAUUUUACUGAAUGGAAGUGAAAUAGCCAAAUUUUCUCAUCCUGUUUGGACUCAAAUUUCAAGAGAUCUUAAUGAUACUUUAAAACCUGCAACUGUAUAUUUUAGGGUGACAAGAAAUUCCCAGUUGUGUUUAAACAGACUUCUCAAGCAAACUGCUUUAUCAGAAGAUACUAUCAAUAAAGACAAGUUUUUUGAAAUAAUUUCUUUGUAUAAAUACUCAAUUAUGAAUGGUGAUCAAGUUGUAGAUUUAAAUGAUCCAGUUUGGAAUGAAAUGUCUCUAAGGUUUAACUCUUCAUUAACUCCUGAAGCCAUCUAUGAAGCAAUUUCUCAAGAUAAAGACUCGUGUAAGACAAAAAUGAUUCAAGCUCUUAAAACAGAACGUAGUGUAUUUUCCGGUGAAAGUCCUGAAAUAUCUGAUAAUAUGACUGAAUUAACACCAAUUGUUGAAUGUAAAGUUUUUAAUGAACCUUUUGAAAAUUUUAAUGAAGUGUUAAAUGAAUUUAAGGACUCUAUUUUACAACCCAAUGGACAAAUUGCUGUAGAAGACGAUCCUGUUUGGAAACUAAUAUCUAGUCGUUUAAAAAAUCUAACCUCAAACGAAGUUUAUUCACGGAUCAUUAAUAAUUACAACAAUUGUCAAACUAUACUAUUUGGUGUUGAUAGUGUGGAUACAGUUUAUGAGAAUAAGUUAUUUGAAGCAAUAUUUUCUUAUCGACAUUUAGUUAUUAACAAUAAUGCUAUUGCACAUGUUAAUAAUGAAGUUUGGACAAAAAUUAGUGAAAAAUUAAACCAUUCAUUAACACCAAUGGAAAUUUAUAUACGAUUCAUUAAAGACAUUGAUGGCUGCCGUACAGAAUUGUUGAAAUCUUCAAAAAAAAAUGACUUGACUCGAUAUCGAGGUAUUGAUAAAGACAAAUUUUUAGAUGUUUUAAUAAGUCACAAAAAUUCCAUAUUAAAAAAUGGGUCUCAUGCUAAACCUAGUGAUCCGAUUUGGAGAGAAAUUGCAUCUAAACUUAAUUUUUUAGUAAAACCUUUAACUCUGUAUAAUAACUUUAUGUACAAUAGACAUAAUUGUCAACAGAAACUUUUAGAAGCUUGUGAACAAGAUAAAAAAGAGGUAGUUACAUCUCCAAUUUCAUCAAAUAUAACUUUUCAGAUGGACCAUGACUAUUCAAAAGGUGAAGUAGAUACUAGUUUUGAAGAUUUAGUAUCUAUGAGACAAAAAGUUGGUUAUGUACAAGAAAAUGACUUCAUUGAAGCAUGUUUUAUGUUUAAAGAUAGAUUGCUAAAAAAUAAUUGUAUAGUGCCUUCAACUGAUAAAGUUUGGAAUGAUAUAUCAAAACAUCUUAAUUAUGCAAUCAAAGCAAAAACAGCUUAUUUGAGGUUUAAACGCAACACUCACAAUUGGCAAGAAAAAUUGUUUCCAAAUUUUCAAGUUAAUCAAUUUUCUUUUGAAGAAGAUGAUAAACCAAGUUCUAUUGAAGACCAAAACAUUGAGAAUGAAAUGUUUUUUGAUGCAAUUUCAAUUUUCAAACAUUCUAUUAUUAAUAAUGGUAUUUUUGCUAUGGAAUCCAAUCCGGUUUGGUUAGACGUUUCAAAUCUAAUGAACAAUUUACUUGCUCCCAGUGAAGCAUUUUGGAAAUUUCGUCAAAACAUUGAUUUAUGUCGGACAAAACUUAUUAAGAAAUGUAUAACUGAUUGGAGCCAUGAACCUACCUCAGUUAUUAAAAAUCGGAUUCAUGUAAUUAAUUCUAAUGAAUCAAUAUGGAAAGAAUCGUUAAAAACUGAACUAAUUGCUAGAAGAAAUGAAAAUAAUUGCCAAAAGUCAGAAGUAAAUGAUGAUAAUUUAUUCUAUGACGCUGUUUAUAAACAUAAAAAUGAUGUAUUUCGUAAUGACUUGAUUGCAAACUGCAGAAGUCCUGUAUGGACUGCAAUAGCUAAUGAAUUAAAUAAUGAAAUGGAACCGUCAAAAAUUUACUUCAAGUUUACCAAUAAUAUGACUAGAAGCAAUCUAAAGUUUUCUGAAGCAGCUCAGAGACAUAAUUUUUAUAAGAUAAAACAAAAUCAAAACCAAAUUGAAACACAAUUAACAAUUGAGAUUUCUGAUUCUUCUGAUCAGGAUAAUACGGUUGAUUAUGAAAAUGAAGAAAUUAUAGUACUUGAUUAG